CUCCCAAAUCCAUUAGCAAGCGGCGGCUCGCCCACCGUUCCCGAUUUGCCGGUAAAUUCCCCCAGAAAACCGGCUGUAUCCCUCCCACCGGAUACUCCUCGUCCCUACAAAUACUCGAAAUCGAAGUCAAGAAUCCUCUUCCUUAUACGUGUUAGUGUGUGUUUACAUGAGCCUGCGGUACAUGAGCCGGGUGGUGGUGCAGGGCGGCGCGAGGGCGGUGCAGAGCAUCCGCGACCACGCUUCGAGAUCGAUCAAGGAACCUUCGUCGUCGACGAGCAGGGUGAGACGGCUGUCCGGGGCGGUGGACUCCUCUGCCGGCGGCCUCACGGCUGCCGCCGGCGCCGAGAUGAGGAAGCGAGCUGAGGAGUCGCUGCGCAUGGUCAUGUUCCUCAGCUGCUGGGGGCCCAAUUGAAUAGUGCAGACCAAAAACGAAGA